UUUCCUUUUAUCUUUACAGUAAGGCAGAAGAGAAUGAAAGAAGUAGAUAAUCUUGAAAGUAUAAAAGAAUGGGUUUGUGAAGCAGGAUCUGACAACCAACCUCUUAGUGAUAAUCGACAAUCAACUUGUGAGUAUUUUGUCGACAGUCUUUUUGAGGAAGCCCAGAAGGUUGGUGCCAGAUGCUUGUCUCCCACUGAACAGAAGAAACAGGUAGAUAUAAAUAUAAAAUUAUGGAAAAAUGGAUUCACGGUCAAUGAUGAUUUCAGAAGUUACUCAGACGGUGCAAGUCAGCAGUUUCUGAACUCCAUCAAAAAGGGGGAAUUGCCUCUGGAAUUACAGGGAACAUUUGAAAAGGAGGAGGUGGAUGUUAAAGUUGAAGAUAAGAAACAUGAAGUGUGUGUGGCAACGAAGCCUGUGUUCCAGCCCUUCUCAGGACAGGGUCACCGACUGGGAAGUGCCACACCAAAAAUUAUUUCUAAAACAAAAAGUAUUGAAGUUGAGAAGAAAAAUAAUUUGCCUACUGUCCCACUAAACAACCUGGAACCCAUCACUAAUAUACAGAUCUGGUUAGCCAGUGGGAAAAGGAUCAUUCAGAAAUUUAACAUGUCUCAUAGGAUAAGCCACAUCAAAGACUUCAUUGAAAAGCACCAAGGAUCUCAGAGAAGUCCUCCCUUUUCCCUGGCCACGGCUCUCCCGUACCUCAGGCUGCUAGAUGAAGCUCUCACGCUGGAAGAAGCAGACUUACAGAACGCCGUCAUCAUCCAGAGGCUCCACAGAACCAUGGAGCCUUUUAGAGGACUUUCCUAACAUCGACCUUUGACACACUAAGUGGAAAGUUUGCAGAGAAGUGAUGGUUCGUAAGUGAACAUGCAAACCGAAAUGGGGGGAAGUCAGGUUUGCUGAACUUUUGGUUUGAGACCUAUCUAACUCCCUCCAGAUGGGAAGACAAGUAAGUACAAGUUAGGAGAGGAAGCUACGACGAAACUGUAUUCAGUGCACUGUCUCCCAAAGGCUACUCAGAAAAAUAUACUUCUUUUCAAAUACCAGUGAUUCAACAUAAGACAGACUAAAGGACUAUAUCAUUUAGUAUCUUAAUGUGGUAUAAAUUAGCAAACAUGUUCACAGCGUCACUCCUUUAAACAUCAUUCCAAACAGCAGUGAUUUACUCAAAUGUUAGCUUGGCUCAGAGUUUUUAAAUAGCAAUACAUUAAAAGUUACACAUGGCAGGUUAAAA